AUGGAAACAGCUAUUGAAUGUUUAGAAAAAUUAAAUUCAUCUAUCAAAAAUUAACUUAAGCAAUAUAAUUUCUAAAAUAUCAUCAAUCAAAAUAUUAAUUAAGAAAUAAUCAAAUAAUUUUAUACUUAAAAUCCAUUAGAUUUUUCAUAAAUACCACCUGAAUUUAAUUGUUAAAAUUAUGGAUAGAUUAAAGAAUUUAAAAAUUAAAAUGAAAUUUAUUUUGGAGAAGUAGAUGAAAAAGCACAAAAACAUGGAAAAGGUAAUUUAAAUUAAAGUAAAAAUUAGGAAUCUAAAUAUAAAAGAAAGGAGAUAUAAUAUAUGAAGGCAUUUGGUAAGAAAAUUAAUUAAAAUGGGGUUAAAAAACCCAAUUCAAUGAAUUAUAAGAAUGUACAAUCUUAAAGGGGUAUAUGAAAGAUAAGAAAUUGAAUGGACAAGGAACUAAGAUUACUUCUUUUGGAGAUCUGUAUAUAAAAUGAAUUAUAUAGGUAUGAGGGAUAGUUUAUUGAUGAUAAAUUAAAUGGAGAAGGUUAUUCAUAGACAAAUGAUGGAGAAAUGUAUUAAUAUAUAAAUAAAUAAUAGAUACAAUGGAAGUUUUAAAGAUAAUAAAAGACAUGGACAAGGAAAAUUGUAUAAAAAAGAUGGAGAAUAGUAUAUUAUAAUAUUAAAUUAGUUAUAUUGGAUCUUUUAAAAAUGGUAAAAAGAAUGGAGAUGGAUUUUUGAAUCUUACAAAUGGAGAUAAGUAUUGAAAUAUAUUCAACUCAGUUAUUCAGGUUGGUUCUAAGAUGAUAAAUUUAAUGGGAAGGGUGUAUAUACAGUUAAAAAAGAUAAUUCAAAAUUUAAAGGACAUUUUUAAAAUAACAAAAAGGAAGGAAAUUUUGAAAUAAUUUAUAAUGAUAAUUCUUUGUAUUUAUUUAUAAUAUUUUAAGGGAAACUGGAAUGUUUUAGAAUGAUAUCAGAAAUGGAUAAUUUAGAUUUUAUUCUCCUAAUUAAUAGGUACCAUUAAGAGAAGUCUAAUAUAACAAUGGUAAAAUUGUUAAAUGA